AUGAAGUUCGUCGUCUCGGAACAACUCCUCGAAAUCCCUGAAGGUGUCACCGUCAACAUCAAGGCCAGAGUGAUCAAGGUCACUGGUCCCAGAGGUGAACUCACCAAGAACUUGAAGCACAUUAACGUUGACUUCGAAAAGGUUAACGACAGAUCGAUCAAGAUUCUUGUCCACCAUGGUGACAGAAAGCACGUUGCUGCUUUGAGAACUGUCAAGUCGUUGAUCGCCAACAUGAUCACUGGUGUCACCAAGGGUUACAAGUACAAGAUGAGAUACGUGUACGCCCAUUUCCCUAUCAACGUCACCCUCGCCGAACAAGAUGGCCAACAAGUCGUUGAAAUCAGAAACUUCUUGGGUCAAAAGAAGACCUUCGUUGUCAAGGUUGCUGAAGGUGUCACCGCCGAACAAUCGACCACCCAAAAGGACGAACUCGUCUUGACCGGUAACUCGGUUGAAGCCGCGGUGCGCCAACAAUUCCCCGAUGGUGACAUAUACCCCCAGUCUCUGAUUCUGGCCUGUUUUGAUAUCCUUAGUAACCGCGAAGUUGAUUACGCCAUCGUUCCUUUUGAAAAUUCCACCAAUGGACAGGUAGUGUUCACUUACGACUUAUUACGCGAUUGGUUCCUCAUUGAUGAGCUGGCUCGAUUCAAAGUCGUCGGCGAACAAUUUGUUUCCAUCCACCAUAACUACCUCAGCCGUGCUCACGAUUUGACGAAGAUCACAACCGUGUACAGCCAUCCUCAAGUUUGGACGCAAUGUACCAGAUUCCUUGGCACUCUCCCCAAGCUGAUCAAAAGGAUCGACACUCUGCUGACAGCAAAGGCGGCUGAAAUUGCUCAUGAAGAUACUAGUGGCACCAUCGCGUGUAUCCUGUCCAAAAUGAGUGCCGACUUGUACGAACUCCCCAUCAUCAAAGCCAGUGUUGAAGAUAAUAAGCAAAAUACGACACGAUUCCUUGUACUUGGGUUUGAAGAUUUGGCCCCAUCUACAACCGACUCGAUGCUCACAUCUGUGAUUUUCACACUUAACUCAAAUGAUCCGGGGCUGUUGUGUGACGUUUUACAAUGUUUCAAAGAUAACGGGGUUAACUUGACAUGCAUCAACUCACGACCAUCACACCUUGCUCAAUGGGAGUAUGUUUUCUUCAUUGAGAUGGAGGGUCUGUCCAAGGAUAUAGAAGUUACUCAAGCGCUCCAGGCAGCUGAAGCCAUCUGUGGGAAACUUGUGACACUCGGGUCUUUCGAAAAGCGUUCAAGAUAA